UUUAUUUCUUUAGCUCACUCCGGUCUACGUAUCCAAAGCUGAAAACCACACCUUCAUCUCCGGUGAAGCUAAUCUCACAGUUUACACCAAUGGCGGUAGCUCCCUUCUCCACCAGUUUAUUCCCGCCAUUUCCUUCUAUCUUCAAAACCUCAUUAUUCACCACUAAAUCCUUCAAAACUCGUUCAACUCCCUCCCUCAUACUCUCCCAAUUUUCACUCGAAACCCACCACAAAAAACCUCCAACCGCCGACCCACCCGAAUUCGACGGCACUGGCGCCGCCGCGCCCACCCGAGGCGACCGAUUCCUCGAACACCAUCAUUCCGUCGAAGCUGUAAAUUUCGUGCUCAAAGAGAACAAGAAGAAUCGGAAAAAAAAGAAGGAUAAGGCGUUGAAGGUUUCUUUGGCGGUUGCUUCUUGUUAUGGCUGUGGUGCUCCGUUGCAGACCUUGGAAUCGGAUGCUCCGGGUUAUGUGGAACCGGAAACCUACGAAUUAAAAAAGAAGCAUCACCAACUUAGAAGAGUUAUAUGUGGGAGGUGCCGCCUCUUAUCUCAUGGUCACAUGAUAACUGCUGUGGGUGGAAAUGGAGGUUAUUCAGGGGGAAAGCAAUUCGUUACGGCCGAGGAGCUUCGAGUAAAGCUCUCUCACUUACGUUACGAGAAGGCUUUGAUUGUGAAAUUGGUUGAUAUAGUUGACUUUAAUGGAAGUUUUUUGGCACGUGUGCGUGAUCUUGCUGGUGCAAAUCCAAUAAUACUGGUGGUCACUAAGGUCGAUCUCCUUCCCAAGGGGACUGAUCUGAACUGUAUUGGUGAUUGGGUUGUGGAGGCCACUGUCAAAAAGAAGCUUAGUGUUCUGAGUGUCCAUCUGACGAGCUCGAAGUCUUUGGUUGGAGUAGCUGGAGUAGUAGCGGAUAUUCAAAAGGAGAAAAAGGGGCGGGAUGUCUACAUUCUGGGCUCAGCUAAUGUUGGGAAGUCUGCUUUCAUCAACGCUUUGUUGAAGAAGAUGGCUGAAAGGGAUCCGGUUGCCGCAGCAGCUCAAAAAUACAGACCCAUACAAUCUGCUGUUCCUGGAACUACUUUAGGUCCAAUACAAAUUGAUGCUUUCUUAGGAGGAGGGAAAAUAUUUGACACACCUGGAGUCCAUCUCCACCAUAGGCUAGCUGCGGUCGUUCAUUCCGAAGAUCUUCCUGCCCUGGCUCCUCAAAGUCGUCUCAGGGGUCAAAAUUUCCAAGUUGAUCAAUUAGCAACUGACAAUGAAAUGGGAAGCAAGGACUUAUCCAGUGGGUUGAAUGGAUUUUCUAUAUUUUGGGGAGGUCUUGCGAGAGUAGAUUUACUAAAGGUUCAACCAGAAACAUGUUUGACAUUUUAUGGUCCAAAAGGAUUGCAGAUCCACGUGGUGCCCACUGAAAAAGCAGAUGAAUUUUACGAGAAAGAAGUAGGAAUUUCACUAACACCUCCAUCUGGAAAACAAGCAAGGGAUGACUGGAGAGGGCUCGAAGUAAUGCGUCAAUUGAAGAUAAAUUUUGAGGACGAGCAAAGGCCUGCUUGUGAUGUGGCUAUUUCAGGCUUGGGAUGGAUCACUGUUGAACGAAAGAAGUCGCUCCAAAAUAAUCACUCAGAUUUAGAAUCAUCCGUCGAUGAACUCGAGUUGGCUGUACAUGUCCCCAAGCCAGUGGAGAUUUUCGUUCGACCUCCCAUGCCCGUUGGUAGAGCUGGAUCGGAAUGGUAUCAGUACCGCGAUUUGACAGAAGAGGAAGAGGAAACAAGACCAAGAUGGUUUUUUUAGAGUCUUUUAGGCGAACGAAUUGCUACAAAGAAAAGUGACAAUGAAUCGGUUCGUUUACAGGCUUAUGAAUGUUAUUGAACUUCGAGGAAUCUGAAUUAGGCAUCUUAAUUCUCGACAUUCUAUUAACGGAGAUGCAGAUGAAAAAAAAUCAAGGAGAAAAUGUAGAGAGCACACAAAUUUGUACAAAAGAGUUGUACGGACAGAUGGACAAGAGAUGUACUAUUAUUGAAAUAGGUAUAUACCAUCGAUCAAGAGAAUUGAGAUUUGAGUUA